CAAACAGAACAACGUGUCUUGGAAACAUGUUCCAGGGACAUACACGUCAUUUCCCACGAAACUGAAUCCAGUGAAGCUUCUUCUUCUUCACUCUCACACUGUGUAACAAUACAAACUUUCAUCCUUUCCAAGCUUUCAAAGCUUCAAUGGGGACUCGAAUCCCUUCACAUCAAUUAAGUUCUGGACUCUAUGUCUCAGGUCGACCCGAACAACCUAAAGAACGACAACCACCGACAAUGGCUUCCCGUUCUGUACCGUACACCGGCGGUGACCCGAAGAAAUCCGGUGAGCUUGGUAAAAUGUUAGAUAUUCCCGUUCUAGAUCCGAAAUCUCAUCCAUCUUCUUCUUCUUCUCAACUUAGCACUGGGCCAGCGAGAUCCAGACCAAAUUCGGGUCAGGUGGGAAAGAAUAUUACUGGGUCCGGUACGUUGUCGAGAAAAUCAACCGGGUCUGGACCAAUAGCGUUACAGCCAACUGGUUUAAUAACUUCCGGACCAGUGGGAUCCGGUCCGGUUGGGGCGAGUAGACGGUCAGGGCAGUUGGAGCAAAGUGGGUCGAUGGGGAAAGCGGUUUAUGGGUCGGCGGUGACGAGUUUGGGUGAAGAAGUGAAAGUUGGGUUUAGGGUUUCAAGGUCGGUGGUUUGGGUUUUUAUGGUGGUGGUCGCAAUGUGUUUGCUUGUUGGAGUGUUUUUGAUGGUCGCUGUUAAGAAAAAUGUGAUUUUGUUUGCACUUGGUGGUGUUAUUGUUCCUGUUUUGGUUUUGAUUAUUUGGAAUUGUGUUUUGGGAAGAAAAGGGCUUUUAGGGUUUGUGAAAAGGUAUCCUGAUGCUGAACUUAGAGGUGCCAUUGAUGGUCAGUAUGUUAAGGUUACUGGGGUUGUAACUUGUGGCAGUAUUCCUUUGGAGUCAUCUUACCAAAGAAUACCUAGAUGUGUAUAUGUCUCCUCAGAAUUAUAUGAAUAUAAAGGUUGGGGUGGAAAGUCAGCACAUCCUAAGCAUCGUUGCUUCACUUGGGGUUCUAGAUACUCUGAGAAAUACAUAGCAGACUUCUACAUAUCGGACUUCCAGACCGGGUUAAGAGCAUUAGUGAAAGCAGGCUAUGGUAACAAAGUUGCUCCUUUUGUGAAACCCACUACUGUCGUUGAUGUAACAAAGGAGAACAGAGAGUUAUCUCCAAACUUCCUAGGCUGGCUUGCAGAUCGUAAACUCUCAACUGAUGACCGGAUAAUGCGCCUCAAGGAAGGGCACAUCAAAGAAGGCAGCACAGUAAGUGUUAUGGGAGUAGUCCGUCGACACGAGAAUGUGCUGAUGAUUGUUCCUCCAACAGAACCUGUCUCAACAGGUUGUCAGUGGAUGCGCUGCCUUUUGCCGACUGGUGUCGAAGGUCUUAUCAUAACAUGCGAGGACAACCAAAAUGCCGAUGUCAUUGCCGUUUAGUAUAAAUUUUCCUUGAUUUCUGCUCCUCGGAAAUAGAUUUCACAACACUGAAGUGGCACAAACCGAUGGAGAACUCGUAUGCUACGGAAUAAGUAUUAUUUCCUUUCCACGCAUGUUUUUGGAAGAUGCAAAGCAGAUUACUAAUAUUUUCGUAAUAAUCAGAAUACCACUUGAUUGAUAUGAUGUGAGGAUUCAUCAAGGCCAAACUGAAAGCAGUUUGAGAAUAUGAUAUCUAUGUAUCCACGAAGUUGAGCAUUUUUAUUUUUCUACUUAUUUUAUGUACAUAGGUAGAGGUGCCCAAAGGGGUUCAAAGUAAUUAUUUUCUUAUGUUUGAGCUUAUUUUUAGAAGAAAUUUAUAGCUGUUGACAAAUAUUAAUUGUCAAGGCUUGGUUAAGUUUUAUUCUUAAGUUGGUAUUAUUGUAUUAUGCCGGUAUUAGUAGUUGUAAAAAUUGAAAACCAUCAAUGUUAGCACGAUAAUAUUGUAUAAAUGUUGACUUAAAUUAAGUUUUUA